AACUCUAUUCCAUUACAGCCCUAUUCCAUUCUAGUGAACCAAAAGUGCCCUCAAUGUUUUUUAUUCUGCAUGGAGUCCAGUGACGAAAUUGACUUUGACCAACAUUGGGGAGAGGGGAGAAGACCACCUGAGCUUUGGUCAUUAUGGAGAUCCAAUAUCUCUUUCCAAUAACCCAAAAUGAAGCCUUAUUUAAUUCACAUGAAUGGCUUAACUAUUCCUCCCUUAUUCAACACAGUAAAACUAUUCAAGGGUUUGGUUGGCUGUAAAACCUAUUCCAUUGAAUAGCCAUUACAGCCUGAUUCCUCAAAACCAUUGAAUAGUAAUUCAAUGCCAUCUCUAAUGAAUGGCUAUUCAACGCUUCCAGUAAUAUACAAAAUUAUUUUUCUUUCCUUUUCUACCCAUCUUACAUCCUCUUCAAACUCCCAACUCCCAUGAAAAAUCUCAAAGAUUAUCGUAUAGUUUGGAGUGAGCAAGAAGAGGGGUUUGAAAGAACAACAGCAGCAGCCAUGGCGAAGGAGAUCAACGUAACAAAGAAAGCCUUGAUUACAGGUUUAAUCAAACCCUCAAGAAUGUCUAAGGAGCAUUCACUGUAUCAGGAAAGCUGAAGCCGGAAGAUGCUAUUCAGGCUACGCUUUCUUCUUUACCUAAUGAAGUUGUGGAUACUGUUGGUGUUAUAGCUUUACCAUAUGAAGAUUCUGUUUCGGAAAGGAGAAGGAAGCUGGAGUACCUUGAGAUGCAGGAAGAACUGAUCAAGGAGGAGGAAGAGAAAGAAGAAGAAGAACUGGCAAGGAUGAAGGAAUCUAAGGCUAGAAAAGAGGAUGUGGCAUUGAAAGAGAUGAAUGUCCCAACAGCUAGAGAAGCACAAGAACAUGCUAUAGUAAGAGCGUUAGAAAAAAGAGAUCAGCUCUGUCAAAUCAGUUGCGUAUUGGCUGUUUUAGCUUUAGCAUCUGUAAGGACUCUAUUUGAAUAUUUUUGUCUGUGACCGUUAUCUGUUGAUUCUGUUCUUCUAUUGUUAUCUUCCUAGCAUUGCCACUUGCAAUGUGGAUUUGACUUCAGUUUGUUCUUAAUAUGCAUUCUGUGAGCAGAGAGCGAGAAGAGUUCCUUGGUCUUGUAAAUAAGGAGAUAGAACUUUAUAAUAGCAUGGUAGACAAAAAGGGUACAGAUGGUGAAAAAGAUGCCAUUAAGGCAUAUAGAGUUGCAAGAGAGGAAACUGACCAUUCUGGUGAAGUGUCUGAUAGUGAUGAGGUUUCUUCAGUGCUUAUUGAAAAAGUUGAUGUUAUGCUCCAAAAUCUUGAGAAGGAAAUAGAUGACGUAGAUGCCAAAAUUGGUGAUCGUUGGCGAGUACCGGACAGGGAUCACGACGGGAAAGUCACUCCUGAGGAGGUGGCUACUACUGCUCAAUACUUAAAGGAUACACUAGGAAAGGAGGGUGUGCAAGAUGGUAAUCUGUUGAUAAGGAACAAGUGUUUUAAUUUAACUAUAUAAAAAUAUAAAUGAUAUGUUUAUAAAGAUGAUAAUUUGUUGAUUCAGCCAUGGUUGUAGAUGGAUCUUCCAAUUAACUCAAUUGAAGAUUAUAUAAA